AUAAUAUGGCGACACGCAAGAAGAAAAUGGAGAAAGAGAAGGUUCCGCUUCCGGAGUUACGUGUUCGUGAUCCCAUGUCGGUUGUUGUUGAAAAAUUUGGUGAUAGGCGUGCACGCGUUAGUGGUGAUAUAAGGUCUAACAGAUAAUACAAAUUUUACUUUAAGAGUCUUUAGAAAAAAAAUCAUGCGACUCGACGUAUCCUUCUUUAACAUUUAUAUAUCAUUUCUAGCAAAGAAACUCUAAUGGAAUUAUUGAUGUCAUCGUUAAUGUUAGUACCUAAGGAUCAAUCGAUAAUUUCGGAAUCCUUUCGAGAUAUGUUAAGUGAGUUCGAACGUCGAAAAUAUAUAAGGAUCGAUAUCCUACAAGUUUAUCUUAGGUUGAUUUAUUUUUUUUUUACGUUAGUUCCUCGAAAAGCAACAAGACCUCUUCCGUCAGAAAAAAAAAGUCGGAGAGAAAGUAAAAAAGUAUAUGUUAUAAAAGAGAACCGUAGAUCGUACGACUACAAAUAGCUAGAAGAAAUGACAUAAAACUUGGCGCAUGUAAUGCCCGUGUAAUCUUUUCAGACGAAAAUUCGCAAGAGUAUAAAAGACCGAAGUGAUGUAAUAUCGGAUGAAGAUAGGAGAUGGGAUCUUUACGACGAAGCAAGUACCGACGAAGAAAUGAAGAGAACGGAAGAAGAAGAAGAAGAAGAAGAAGAAGAAGAAGAAGAAGAAAAAGACCUACCAAGUUGCCCUAGCUCGCUAACGGAAGACUUAAACCUAUCCUAUGAUGGAAAAUGGUUGAGAAAAUAUAUGAAGAUACCUUUGAGAAUGGCAUUCAAAGAAAUCGUAGCAAAAAAGCCUUACGAUCCGGUGGGCUACCUAGGCUUUUGGUUACUUAAUUACAAAAAAAAUCUAGAAGACAAUAGACGAUUUUUAGAAUUAGAAGAAGAAUUAUAUCGUUUAAGAUGCUUGAUGAUACAACCGAGCAAAAAGAUCGAAGAGAUUCCUGAGAUCGCAAUGGACGAGGAAGAGGAAAACAUUGACGUGGAUUGGAAUUUUCAACGUUACAAUAAUAAUUACUAGUAGAUAUAAUUAACUUUAUUGAAAUCCAUCAAUUUUCUACAACAUCUUUGGUUCAAUCAAUAUAACGAUAGAAUACAUACUGUACAAUGAUGCAUUAAAUAAAGAAGAGGAAUAAGAAGUAAGAAAAAAAGAAAACAAAAAUCAAAGUUUCCAAACAAUUUCCACUCUGCAGUAUUAGCGAACGUUCGGUCUUCCGUCGGACCACAUCCUCGAGACUACUCCUAGCACGUACGAGGCGUACACGAAGCUCGUUGGAACUUACUAUCGUGCCGAGAGAUGGUGUGGCGCUUGCAGAAGCUAAAGCUCGUUUAUUUCCGGCGCAAAUCGAGCAUCUUCGGCAUCGCUUCGCGCUCCUCAUGCGGGGAUGCGCUCAGUUCGAAUCGCGCAGCCGCUCGUUCUAUCUCGGUGGGCGCUUCAUCGAAAAGCGUAGAAAAAAAGGGAAGAAAAGCGACGGACUAGAGAGGGCGGCAGGGAGUAAAGUGAAGAAGGAUAGAGAGAGAGAGAGAGAGACGAAUAGAUAGAUAGAUAGAUAGAUAGAUAGAUAGAUAGAUAGACAGAGAGGAAAGAAGAAGGAAUUAUCGAAAGGUUCGAGUCGCGAUCGCGUCGCAAGAGGAUGAAGGUUCCUCGAAGGCGCGCGAUCGCGGCACGGUGGAUGAUAGAAAAGUAUAGAAAGUGCUGCUUGGUCGGACGCGUGUCGAAGCAGCAAAAGGAGGAAGAGAAAGAGGUGGUAGCAGUAGUAGUGGUGGUGGUGGUGGAUGUGGUAGGUGCCCCCUCUCGUUAUUGACGCGAGGGUUGGCCGAAAGCGGCGGCCAUGUCGGUCGAACGGUUCGCGUCUUGAUCGCCGGAUGGCGCUGCUUCCGUCGUCGCUUCCGUUGUCGCGGUCCACCCUGCUUGCGCUGGAAUGCCCUCGAGGAGGAGGAGGAGACCGUCGAGCUUUUCUACGGGGCCCCUUUACGCGUCGCGAUCAGGUGACUACAUCCUAGUCAGACUCCAUAUCCGGCUGCCUCGUCGUUUCCGUGUUCUCACAGUUUCGCGUCACAGUUAUCGCGUUUAUGAGCGAUCGUAUGUGCUAGUGUCGAAGGGUAAAAGAAAAUAGGAACUCACGUACGGUAUUGAAGAGAGACCGAAACGAGAAAGAAAUUGGGAGAGGAUAGUGUGAAAAA